AUGAGCGGAGAAGGCACGGCAUUCGUAUAUGGCACUUUGAUGGCCCCCGAGGUCUUCUUUAGUGUUUGCUACGGGGAUAAAGAACCGCCACAAGCGAUCCGCAAUCUACAUACGUUCACACCCGCAAUUCUCGAGGGUUACUGCCGCCACAGAGUGCAACUCGCUGACUAUCCCGCCGCUGUCCCGGAGAGUGGACGGGAGAUUCGUGGCAUAUACGUUACGGGUCUGACUGAUGCCAACAUGGAAAAACUAGAUUACUUUGAAGGCGCAGAGUACGAGCGACGGACGGUCGAGGUGCGCCUGCUGGGCAAGGAUGGAGAGGCGGACGUUGGUGGCCCAAUGAAGAGGGCGUCGGUGUACGUUUUCUUGAAGCCAAAUGACAUCGAGAGGCGUGAAUGGGACUUUGAGGAGUUUCGCCGGGACAAGAUGAAGCUCUGGGCUCGUGGCGACUGGGCAUUUGACGACGACGACAAGGCUUCGGUAAAGUGCACAGCUUAA